AUGAGUGCAGAUUCCCAGACGCUGCAGGCAAAGUACCAUAAAUUGGCUGCUGAAUUUGCAAAGGUAUGCAUUUCAGUGACGUGUUGAAGCCUAUUCAUUUUAUUUAUUAACAGUCUCUGAAUCUGACAUGUAUAUUUUGCUCAAGGUAAAUACAUUUCUUUACAUGAUAAAUGGACGGUAGCAAUUUUGUUUGUUAUAUUCCGUGGCUCUAUCAGAAUCCGUUUGUACAAAUUAGAGGGGAUGGGGGGAGGGGUGGAGGGGUAGGUAGGCUCACUUAGGACGGGUUUUAAUGACUUUUUUCAUAAGCGGCUGCUGAUGCCGGAUUGUGUGGCUAUAACCAUGAAGUACUGCUGCUAUGUGAUGAUAAGUAAAAUCGUUACAGACAGCAUAUAGCUGCCAACUUUUUCUGAGUCAAAUGCAUGAAAUUUUCGUCUUGUCACGACAAAAACAUCCCAAGGACUGCUGAAGAUUUCCAAAGAUUUUCCGAAGACUUCUGAAUGUUGCUGAAAAAAUGUCCGAAGAUGUUCUGAUAACCUUUGAGCACUGCCAAAGCUACCUGAAAGGCAACAAUUUUAACGUGCUUUGAAACAGUUAGGAUACAAUGUCAACAUUAAGCACCUUUUUUGGAAUAUUUUUGUGGAAAUUGAAAUGAAUUUAAGCUCACUGCUAUCACUGUGUGACUAUUCUGUGCAUUUCAAAACUGGAUACCCCAUUCUAACUCUCAGCCUCCAAGUCAUAUAAUUUGCCAGUCACGAUGCCAGUACAUGCCAAUAAAGGUUGUUUGGAUUUAAGUUGAAUUUAAGUAUUUGCCUGAAUAUUUUUGUAAGUUCUAUGGCAAAGUCCCCAAAAACCUAAAAUGUGAGUUUUUUUCAACAGCAAAGAGCCCAGAACACUGUCUUGAAGAAAGCUGUAAUUGAUGAGCAAGAAAAAACAAAGUCACUUCAGGUUUGAAAACUGACUGAUUUGGAGUUAAAUAAUUUCACUGGUCUCUUUCCUGCAGACAACUGACUUGAAUUUCUUUUUCCUGUUACCUUUUUAUUAUGUCCUGAAGGAAACUGUUAGGCAAAAGGAUCAGUCAAUCAGGAAAUAUGAACAGGAAAUUGACAGUCUGCAGUUUAGAAAUGAUCAGGUGACACAGUUUGAUCAUUUUUUUUUUAUUACUAAUUUUUACAUAUCCUGAGUAAUAAAGAGGGACUUAUCUAGUUCACCUGUUUUGUUGGUUAAGCAAACUAGUUAAUUUUGUAUGAGACUGAAUUCAAAACAUUGUUCUGAAGCAUUUAUAUGUUGUUCCUUUUUUGAAGUUGUCUAAGAGAGUAGCUGUUUUACAAGAAGAGCUUGAUGAAUAUGAUGGAAGAAACAGACGAGGAAAGGUUGAUAUCACUGUGUUUAUUUACCUUUUUUAUUAGUUCCACUCUUUAAAAAUCAGUGCUUCGCAUCACAGCAUUCCUAUCGGGCUUUCAUUUGAACUUAUGAUAUUUUUGGAGUUGCAUUGUAUGGUAAGCAGUAAGCAUUGAAAAGGAAAAAUGUGGAUUUUUAUCAUUUGGGCAAUGGGCAAACUUUGCGCCAAGCAUAGCCUGAGAUGAAGAUGUACUAGACUACUCAAUUUUUCCAUUUUGUAUCAUCUUAGUUGCGUUGUAAGGUUAUAAUUUCUCACAUGCAUUGACUCCAAAGCACACAUCUUAUUAUUGUUGUUCUUUGUAUUUUUCAGUCCAGAAUUGAUGGGGUGACAAGAACUGAUGAUGAUGAUGUUAAAGAUCAGGAACUCCAAAUAAAAAUUCAGGAAAAUGAGAGACUACAGAGAGAGGUAAAUAAUGACAAAAACCAACUCAAAACAUCAAAACACUGCUGGUACUCCUGAAAAUAUGGAAGUUAAUUACAGAAUAUUAUUAGAUGUGUAGUAUUCUUGGACCAAUAAGUUCUGAUGAGUAACACUCUAUAUCAUCCAAAAGCUUUCAGCUGAAAUUUUAAUCAUGCUCCAGUGCAUGUUAAGUCUAUUAUAUUUCAGUAUGUGUGUAGAUUUAGACUUCCCUUUAAUUAUCUAUCCUCCUGCUGUUGACCUGAAACAAUUUUUUUUUUUUUCUUUAUGAUAACAAUGGACUGCUAGGGAGGAGCACUCAUUUUCUGUCAUUAGCAGAUACUGAUAUUCAUUACAUGUAGGGGACUUAAUUUUAUUGGUCAUUUUCUCCUAGUUGUAUGAGGCAACUCAGGAGUACAAAGGGACAAUACUUUCCCUCCAAGAUAAAUUAGACUCACUAGAAAGGUAAAUAUUUUUCUUAAUUUACCUCCUUUUUAUAGACGUACACUACAGCUGUUAUAUUUAUUGUUUCAGUCAAGUGGAAAUUUAUGCUAGUGAAUUUUAACUAAAUAAUGCAGAAAGGGGCUAUUUUCCACCAAACAAACAUGCAUCCAGGAAGAUAACUAUUGAUGUCUAAUAGUUCCUGAAAUCAAAUUUAAGAAAGUGACUGUAUUUGCCUGCCUAACCUAGAAAUUAUCAAAUGAAAGUAAAUUAUAUACACCAGGAUAUGAGUAUACUGAUUAAUAUUAACUAAUUUUUUCCAGAAAUUCUACUGAUCACCAGAAGAUAUUAGAUGAAGCUAAUGAGAAGCACAGAAUGGUGGUUGAUAAACUUCAUGAGGAAAGAGCCAUGCUUGAGGUUUGUGUAAAUACAACUAGUUGUAACUUGAGUGAAUAAAAAUAGAUAAUGAUGAUGGGAUUACUUGUAAUUUUUUGGUCUUAACUAUCAUUUGAGCAGUUCCUGUUAAAGAGGGGUUGUCUCAUAAGUGAGGUACUAAAUUCUUUUAUUUCUUUCCCUCAAAUCUGAAGGCUAAACUUCAUAGAACAGAAGAGGAAUUAAAAGUGGCAAGCUUGAAAGCAGAGAAAAGGUAAAAAAAUAUAUCAUUAACACAAGUAUCCAAUGUCCAAUGGAAUUCAGAAUUUAAAAAAUGUAGUAUUUUCACUAAAGAUGAUUUAUCUUGCUUUUUUUAGCCAUCAACAGCUCAAGUUGUUGCACAAAGAAAUGACGUCCAGAUAUGGUGAGGAUUUUGGUUACAUUGUAUCAGUACAGUAGUAUACUUUGGUACUCUCUAAUGGAGUAAUGUGCUUGAAACAGAAAGGUAAUGAUAAUAAUAUCAUUAUGUUCAUCAACCCUGGCUAAGAGAAGUACAUUAUAAAACCUAUUAUAGCUUACGCACUAAUAAUCUUGCACCUGGUGUCCUUUCCUCUAACUUAUUACCAACAAAAAUAUUUUCAUGACAGGUUGACAUGCAACCGUAACAGCCUCAAAAUCCCACUUUUCAAAACAGCCUCUGGGCAAUGAUCUUUCACCUAUAGGGCAGUGAAGAUUUGGAAUGACUUGGAUGACUCAUUUAAAUUACAACAUCAAUUUCUGCUUUUAAGAGUGCAAUGAGAGACCACCUAUUGUCUUUGAUUAUUGAUUCAUAGAAUUUUAUUGAUUUUAUUGGAUUUAGCCAUUAGUUUUCCUGUUUAUUAGAUCUAAUUAUUUCUUAUCCAUCUGUAAAUAGUUACAUAAUAGCCUUUUCUGACAAGUACCUAUUAAAGAUUAUUACUAUUACUAUUGCUUAUCAAAUGAAAUGUUAACAAGUUGAAAAAAUAACUUGUGCUCAUUGUAUUACGUCUUUUCUAUUCAUUGCUUAGAUGAUGUUUCUAAGGUUGUUACAGAAAAGCUGCCAUUUAAUGAUACAAGUAAGUUUGUAGUUUGCUGUAGGAAAUUAUGCUUUUGUGUGUUUGUUAGGUAGUACUACUUAAUAUACACCACUAUUAUUGUAUAAUAACUUAUUAUAAUGAUAAACUGAUAUCAAUAAUGACAUGUACUCUUUAUCUUUUAUAGGCAUUAGAGAGUUUAACAAGUUAAAUGUACCCACGCAUGACCGAAGACACCAGGUUAAGGCAAAGGAAGUUAUAUGUCAAGCAGCUGAGUUAGUUCAUGAACUUGUGUCUGGAAUGUCAAACUUCCACACAUACACAGAACAGGUAAGCAAUGACUUUUUUGUUUCUAAUGAAGUGUUAUUUUUUGUCAGUUUUAUUUUCAAUUUUUAAUCAAUUGGAAAUGUAAUGAUUUUCAGCAAAGCUUGUCAAACCAUAGCUUGCACCACAUGUCAGAAAGACAUAGUUGAUUGUAAAAUAGCUCCUACAACAUUCUCUUUGAAUUUCACCAAAUCUUUGCAUUUUGCAGCGGCUGAAAACAUUCUUUGUGGAAUCAGCUCAACAGCAAAUCACCCCAGUCACACAAAAGGUAAAUUAAGCUAAAUAUAAAUGUUACAUUUUUGUGUUUGAGAAAGACUACUACAUUCAAAUAAUGACUGCAGAUAAAAAUUCCAUCAUAUAUAAUUUUGUGCACCUGUAUUAGGGCAAGACCCAGGCUAAUAUAAUGAAAGGGCUUAGGGUAAAUCGAAAUUGAUUGAUACAACUAUGUGACCAUGCAGUUGUUUAAUAAUAAAUAUUUAACUUUAAGAUUCUUAUGUCUUGUCCUUUUGUUCUCUUAGUUUUGUGACUACCUUCAUGAAAAUGCCACAGUAUUACGAGCUGUUGACCAGGCAUUUGUUUCCUUCUAUACCAGCAUAAAAACAGAUGUUUUAAUAUCAAUGGUAAGAUAAACUACUUGCAUUAGAUAGGUUUGUCUUCCUAGCUAUCCAUACCUUUUCUUUACCGCUGUUCACAUUCUUACUACACCGUCCAUCUCUGAGUUGAACAUCCAUUUAAUAGAUGGCAUUACAUCAAAUGGAAAUGAUUAGAUUGCUUUCAUAUUUUGGCAAGUCACCUUGUCCCUAUAUGUUUGAUUACCUGAUAUAUAAAUAUGCAAAUUUUAUUCAUCAGUAUUUAAUGCCAUUUCUUUUAUUUUUAGGAAACUAUUCCUGGCUUGCAUGAUUUUUCUGAAGCGUUUCAUAAAUAUAGCAAUUACUUAAAGAAGCUUCUACCAUAUUAUGUGUUGAGGUAAGAGACUAUAUGGCUGUAAUUAAUUGUACAUUGAGACUUAUUUCUUUAAUACAGAGGUUUAGCUUGGUAUGCUUCAUUUACUUGCUUACAUUUUAAGGGUUUUUUUUGUACCUUUUUUUGAUAGCACCAGUGAAGAAUGUAAAGCAUCAACUUGUUCCAGCACCUUGGAAGCCUAUAACAAAGCAUUGUUACAUUCACUCUCAAAACUGAUCACAAUUUUUAAUAAGAUUGACAGUCACAUCAGAAUCCUGGGCUCUGCUAGUAAGUUAAAAAAAGCAAGUGAGUAAGUUGAAAAAAGCAUUGUGAUGAACUGUACAAGUUCUACAACGUUUUUGUUCAAGAUGAUCUACAAGGCCUUAAGAAAGAAUUAACCCUGGUUUUAAUAUUUUUCCUUCAAUGUUAUGUUAGGUUCAGGGUCUUCUGGAAUUGUUUUGGCUAAUUACAGCACCUCCUUUUCACUUCUGACCUCUUCUCUACAGGAUUUCCAUGAAUGUGUGAAAGGUAAUAAUAAUUAUUAUACCUUUCAAUAUAUUAUAUUAUUUUACAACAUUAGUAAUAUUAUUACCAAUUACAUGGGUAUUCCAGUAAAAGUAACCCCAACACCCAAGAUGCUCUUCCUAAGUAGAAAAAUGAAAAACAUUAUUACCUUAUGUUAUUAUUCUUCUUCUCUUUCACAGUAUUAUCGAUGCAUUUCCAGUCCAAGGUAUCCUUAGAGCACCAGCUGCCCACAGCCACCCAGGUAAACCAACAGCCAUAAAAGUAUAGCAUAUGUUCUGAAAUGACACCAAUUUAAUGUCACUGUUUUUUUCACUGCAGACUUUGAAAAGCACAGAUGAAUGUAUUGUUUCCUCUUUAGUGUCUCUGGUAACGGUUACUGCUAAGGUACUUUUAAUGUUUUAUUUCCUCAUGAUUAGAUAGUUUCCUUUGUUUUAGCUUCUAUCAGGGACAGCCACACAAAGGAAGAUAUCUGUAGCAUGCAAUUUGAAGUUAAUGACCUCACUGUAACUCAAACUAUUAGGUAUAGCAGCAUAUAAGGAAAGCUGUGUCUAUUAGCCCCGAGCUAGUGGAUUUUGCUAUCAGACUAGUAAAUUCUGUUCUCAACUUCCCCAACGAGUGAGUGAAAUUCUUAGGAAUUCAAAUUACAGAUAAGAACUUUUUUGGGCUAGUUGAAAUGACUCUUGGGUUAGUACAUGCAAGCCACAGCUUGCCCAAAUGGCAAGCUGUAAAAAUGACUUUCUUUGCACCCUAGACACUGGCAUAUCAGACAGUCCUAAAGGAUGGAGCAAAUGAAACAAAUUAAUUGAAUAUGUAUAAUCUACAGUGCAGCAACACAUGACACAUAAUCAACUCAGCUUUAUUUAGUGACUAAUUUGUAAAUAGAAAAAUUGAAUUUAAUGUAUUGUCAAUUCUAUUGUCAGAUAGGAAAAUUCAUGAGCAGUAACCUGGAUUUCUUCUCAGCCAAGUCUGGCAUCAGAACAAGAGGACUAACAUCUGCUGCAAACAGUGAGGUGUGUUUUACACUGAUCUACCUCCCAUGUAUGCUCUUAAAUUGCCUCAAACAAUAGAGUGUGUGUGCAGCAGCCAUGUUGCAGGAGUAAAACAAUAAAAAGAUUUUCCUUUGGGGAAAAGUUUCAUUUUCAUGCAAAAUUUAUAUAUUUUUAUGGUUUACUCCUCCAACAUGGCAGCCAUGCACAGACUAUAUAAUCUGUGUGACAGCCACUUGAAAAGACAAACAUCACUCAACUACUUUCUCGAGAGCUGUACAGGGACAUGUGUCUACGUUAAAAUUGUUUUAAGAAAUAUUCUUUUCUUUUCCUUCAGUUAACAUCUUCUCCAGCUGUGGUGGGGUUCAGACAUCAAGCAGUAGACUACAUUCAGAAGCUUAUGAGGGUAGCUGGCUAAAUUAGUAUUAUUUGGAUUUCACCCCUUUAAGCCCCAAAUAUCUACAUACAAAGUUCUCCAGAUUUAGCUCUAUACAUUUCCUUGCAGAAUUGGCUGGGAAAGUUUGAUAAAAGAUCAAAGUAUUUUCCCUUUGGUGAUUAUUUUAUGAAUUCCCAUAGCCUUUUUUCAUAAUGAUGUAGUGAUGGUGGUAGGAGAAAAUUAGUGUUGGUCACUUGAUCUUAAAGGGUUAAACAGCAGUCAACCUCAUCUCUGGGGCUUUUCCCUUAGACAAUGGGAGGAGGAAAAUUUGCUUUGACAGUACCACAGAAAAACUGUUGCUUAGGCUAUGUAAGAUGGUGACACUGGUGUUUUUCUUCACUUUCAAAACAGACUUUUCAUACUGCCGAUUCCUUUCAGUUUCUUUGAUUUACCCUUGCUUAACCCUUUAAUCCCCAAUAUCCACUUACAUAUUCUCUAGACUGAUCUCCAUACAUGUCCUUGAAGAAUAAGUAUGAGAAUGGGAUAAAAGAUCAAAACAUUUUCCCUUCAGUGAUUAUUUCAUCAAUUCUCGAAACUUUUUCUCUUAAUAAUAUAAUGAUAUUGUCAGGACAAAAUUAAUGUUUUACUCUUGGGAAUUAAAGGGAGCCAUCAAAUUAAAUUCUAGAUGCAAAAGCUUUUCUACCCGUUUUAAUGAUGUAAUUUUUUGCAUACUUAAGCCCUGUCCAGAGUCUGUACCUUACAAAGUUGCUCUUCAUAAUCACAAAAUCCUGGUGAGCUCAACGGAAAGUAAAGAUUCCUUGGAAAAACAGGUAUGAAUCAGCCCGUUUACAGUUAACAAGUUAUAUCAAGCCUGUAUUUGCACUGACAAAAAAGUAAUUAUUUUAUUUAAAUGGCUGUUAACCUGUAGUUACAAUAAAUUUUUCUUUUAGCUCAAAAAUUAAAAACAAUCCAGUUUGAUUUCUUUCCAUUUGUCUCAGGUAAUGUGGGUUUAUGUGAGACAUAAGAAAAAUGUAGUAACACUAACAGCUUGUAAUAUCUGAAUUGUCAAAAUUCAGUGAUGUGAUGUUUUGCUGUGGAAAUGAAAAGGUCCAAGGCUAUGAGAAAAAGCCAAAUUUUUGUUUUCCUGGUUUUUACAGAUCGCUGCGACUCACGAGAGAGUAACUAAACUUGAACAGGACAAAGAACACUGGAUGCUGGAGUCUCAGUUGUUACAAGUGAAAUAUGAAAAAGAAGUCAAGGUUUGUGCGCUUUCAAUAAUUUCACAAAGGCAGAUUCCGCCCCCAGUCGGCCAAGUCGCUCAGGUACUAACAGAUUCUGACAGUGAACACAUCACAUAAGCCACUGACUCCACCUUUUGGCAGUCAUGCACUGUACAUGGUCACGCCUUCACCCUUUCUUAGUCAAGCAGUUUAAUUUCCUGGAUAUAGUUCACUGUGGUAGGACUUUCAAAACAGUCUCUGCUUUUUCAGAGAAACAAGGCAGCUUGUGUUCUUAACUUUUUUGUGGUAACUUCUUUGUAUUUUCCACCAGGAGUGCCUAAACUGACAAUUUCGAAUUUUUAUUAUCCCUCUUAGAAAGUACAGUCCCUAGAACAGGAGCUCCACCGAUUAUUGGAAGCUAAAAACAUGAACUUUAUAACAGAUGGGGUUGCGGUAAGAACUGUUUCUCUAAUUAUAGAUUUUUACAAACGGAUGAUAGAGUUCCCGCAAGGCUUGACUGAUGAGCCCUUACACUUUUUUAAUACAUAUUCAUCUUUCCUUCUCUUAAUUUCCAGUCUCUCUCAGAUGAAACAGACUCUACCUCAUCUCGAUCAUCUUUGACGUCACACAGCUAUGAAGUCCCAGCUCCACCUUCUGACGUAAGUACCUGUACCUCAAUUUCGUUAUUGUUGCGUUUUCAAAGACAAGAAGCAAGGAACAAGCUUUGUGACUGAAAGGAACUUUUUUUGAAUAGCUUAAGGCCUCUCCAUAAAAAGGGGAUGAUCUACAACAACAGACAACAUCGCAGUUAUUGUUGUAAGCGUUUCAAAUGUUCGGCAGGAUUUUCUUGCGACCAUGAGGUGCUGCCGUGUUGGGUUGGCUGCCUGUUUAUUUAUUCCUGUUAACCUUGAAAAGGGCACAUUUUCCUAACCUUACAAUUAGUUGUGCUAAUUUUCUUAUCGGAACCUAGACGUUACUCAAAGAAAAAUAUUUUGCAUUUAGAAUAAGACACGAUUUGUUUUUCUUCAGUUUGAAAGAGAAGUUGUAACAUUCCUCAAGAAAUGCAUGACAAUAAGUUUAUAAUUUGUGAGGGUGAGACAUGGUCCCUUUUCGGAAUUGAUAAUCUGUAGUCACAUGAGUGUAACCUUGCACCAUGUAAUUACCUUGAUAACCUUUAUAAGGGAUUCCAAAAUCACUGAUGAUGAUGUUUACAUUAAAACUAGUGAAGUAGUGCAAUGUAGAUCGCAGGUAAACUACAUUGUCGUUUUGAUGGUUUAUUAGUUUCUUUUUUGUGCAUUUAGCUUGGGGCACUAGCAUCACUCAGGCUGCAGGAUGAAGUAAGUGUUAUUUCUCUCUCAUGUUUUAACAUAUUUAACAGAUUUAUGCCGCAAGAGGAAAAUUCGUAAGAAUACUUUCCAAAUGAAUAGAACUUAGUUAUCCCCAGUUUUUGGGGGCCACUGUAGGCGGUUCGUUUGUGGGAUAUUGUGCCAAGUCAAGCUGCUUCUAAUUAUGUCCCUUCCUGAUAUUUUCAUGUCGUGCCUGGUUCCUGAUCCCGAAAUAAGCUUGGCAGUCACUUGAAGCUGAGAAUAGCUUACAGUGGUCCAUGUUAAUUGUUGUUAACAAAGUACUUACCAUCUAGCUGAAGAGGGCCUUAUCAAGUGAUAAUAUACUACAUAAGCUCUCGCUCUGGUAAUGAGCUGACUAGAUUUCAUUAUCUAAACAUUGAUGAAUGUGACUGUUUGUUUUGAUGACUUAGGGCGAGGAACAUGUGGCAAGAGAAGCAUUGAUCAAGACUCACUUUACACAGAGAAUAUCUGAACUAGCUUCACAGGUAAUGCAGCUGUGAAGGAAGUGAGGAUGAUUUUGUUCUUGGAUUUUGGUAAAGCUUUAGCAGACUAGCUUAACGCCGGAAACUGAGCUCGAUCAUAAAAGAAGAGAGAUAUCUGCAACAGUGUUAGUCUUAAUUCGGUUAUAUCAUGCGAUAUAUCUUUGUAUGUAAAUUGAUUACUUUAAUUUUGGUAUCAGUCAUGUGUUAGAAUGAAAUGAGUUCUUCUCCUGUUGUCAUAAUACUUGCGGCGUAUAACAUAGCUGAAAGGAUUUGAGAUUUCUGAACUUCAAACGGAAAUGCCAUUGCCUUCUUUUUAUUCGUUUAUAUGAUUGCAGGUGCAAUUUUCUGAGAGCAAGACAGCGUCCAUGAGUGCAGAGGUACAGAAAGUUUUAAUCACUACUUUUUCUUUGGUUCUGUAUUCAGUCAACUUUAAAUACCUGAAAAAGGAAAUUUUGAGGGUUAUUUUGGCUCUUUAUACAUUGUAUUUAUUCAUUGGAGCCGGUAUUGAUAUGGCCUUGUAAGUUGAUGGUAUCCAAGCGAUAUUUUAGUGAUUAUCUAUGGUAAUUUUCUUAUUUAUGAAUUGUUCAAUCUUUACCAGUGCCGCGCUUUAUAUCGACGAAUAAAACAGACAGAGAAGACCAAACAAGAAUUAGCGAGAUCUCUGAAGACUGCUACGUCUAAAGUCAGUCAGCUAGAGGUGAGUAACUCACUCAGUAAGGCUGUGCUCUAGCAGCGCCUAGUAGACUCUGGAGCCAAAACCAUUUUUCAUACAAAUCCAAUAUGCUGGGUCCCCUGGAUUUCACAAGUUUAGAGCACCGGGCUCCCUUCAAUUUUUCUUACACGACAGCCUCUGACUUGGAUGGGGCACAUUGAUGAUACAGUAGCGUUUUCUUAAACUUUCCCCCACCCCAACAACAUCGCCCCAGAGAGAGCGGAGUGGUUUAUCCCCUAUUUUCCUGGUCGUUUUCAACAAAGUAUUUUGCGGUUAGUACUGCAUUUUUCUCAUUUUUGCAGGACGAGGUGGAGACAAUCAAACGGAGCUAUGAAACACAGUUAUCAAUGAUGAGUGAUCAUCUGUGUGGAAUGAAUGAAAAACUGACGUCACAGCAGGAUGAAAUUGAGGCUCUUAAGAGUGGAAAAACCAAGAAGGGAAAGCAGCGAUAACAAAAAAGAUUUUUAAAAAGGAAAAUGGACAUUGUAAAGAAAAAAAUGGAAAGAUAUGAUUGUUGAGACAAAGAAUAGAUUAUAUCAUCAAUAAGAGAUAAAUACACUACAAGCAUUUGCGCAUUUCCAAUAAGACUAGGCUUAUGCAUUUUUGACUUUAUAACGGCUUGCUUUCAUAAAAUGUUGGGUUGCUGAAAGUUAAGCCCGCAAACUGGUGUAGAUGCAUAGGUAGCCCAAGCCUGAAAUAUGAGCGUCGGCAUUGUUGCACAACCUUCCAAAUAUAAGGAUUUGUAUGUGGAAGAAACGUUUCAACACUGCGUGCCAACGUAGAUAGGCACUCUAAGUGAGGUAAAAAGGUUAUUGAAGUAAAUCGAUAGUCACAGGAGCCCAUGGGCACCUGAUAGUCAGCGGUAGUAGACAGAAAUUGGGCUGGCAGUUCUUUGCCGACAACAAACCAGAGAUCUCCUGUGUUUCCCUUCUUUUGACCUCUGCGAAACAGAGUCCAGCAAUAACUAAAUUUUCAUUUUUACCAGGUGCAGGCCAGCGGCUCCUGUUAUUG